CGGGAGAGUUUAUGUCUGGAACCAACCAGGAGGCAGCAGCCGGUAAUAGACUCUGCCUACCAGCCCCCAGGAGAAAAAUAGGGUAAGGAUUCUGCCCUGGGCGGGGGUGGGGGGGUGGGAAGCUCCCCCAGGGACACCCCUGAAGGGAAUGACGCAAUCCUGAUGUUGAGACACCUGUGCCUUGGGGCAUCCCCUGCAACUGAGCUAUAGGUACCAAUUGAUAGUCUUGCUCUCACCUGUGCAAAGUUUUUGUUCUAUUGCGCAUCUGGUUUCAAAUCCUAGGCUGAGUUGGGAACGGCUGUCUUACUCACCUUAUCAAUGAGCCCUUUGGGUUGCUUUUAAACCCGUGGCUUCAUGGUUGGGCCACGCCCCCCCCCCCAAAAAAACCCACCACUUUUCUUUUCUUUUACUCAAGCCUUUGAACUCAGAUGUCUUGGAGGAACUGCGAAAAAGACUCGCAGAAUCGAAAGUGGAGACUCUGUGUACUUUCCCUUUUCUGUUUAUUUUGCAACACAGGAAAAUCUUCAAUUAAAAACUUUUUUAAAAUGUCUUGGAAGAGCGGCAGUUUCCUAUAUAUAUAUAUAUAUAUAUAUAUAUAUAUAUAUAUAUAUAAAUAUAACAUUAUUUUUCUGUGAUCUAAAACAAACAAGGAAGGAAGGAAAAGGACAUAUAGAGUCAGCAAUUCCAAUUCAGAGAGUCUUUUUCAGAGUUUACAUUCGGUGUGAGACUCUGUUGCCAUAGACAUUGGGGGGGGGGGAGAGGGAGGGGAGAGGGUUGGGGGCUGGAAUAAUGGUCUUUUCAUUCUAUUGCAUAGUGUUUGUGCAGGGUUUUUGUGUCGGCGUCUCAUAGGUGAGAGAUUGGAGGGUCCAGAGCAUUCUAUGACAUUUGCUUCGAGGCUUGCUCGGGGAAAGCAAUGAAUAAAUAUAACAAACAAUAGCAAUCGAUAAUAGCCUUCGUUUUAAAUUUUUGUGUUUUGUGUUUUCCAUAUUUGUAAGACUUCUUUUUGUUUUGCGGAAAGCGGCGAAUAAAUAUCUUUUUUGAAAUGAUAAUAAUAAUAUUUAUUUGGUUUUUCAAAUUGCAGUUUUACAAUAACAUGCCCUACAUACAACAUAAAGAAUCUCCUGGACUUUUCUCCUCCCUUUUGUGGGUCCUACAGUUAAUCAUUUCCUCCGGCAUCUUUUAUAAUAAUCCAAAUCUUUUACAUCUCCAUUAUAUCCAAAAUUCACCAUUAAACUACAAGUGUUAUUCCAAUCCUACUAACAAUUUUAACUGUUUACAGUGGUUUAUAUAUAAUUUUUUUCCCAUUCUUUAUUAAAAUUUUGGUUUUCCUGAUUUCUGAUUCUUCCAGACAUUUUUUCCAUUUUAGCAUAAUCCAUCAACUUAAUCUGUUGUUCUUUUCUGGUCAGGACUUUAUCUCUGGGUCAAUAUGUAAAUGUAAUAAGUAUCAAUCCAAAGGACGAUAAGGGAUAAUCACCUCAAUUUUUGCCUCUGUUUUUAAACUUGCAUGGGCAACGGACAGCAAAGCCUAAUUAAAUCCAGGGAGAUUAUUUGAAGAGACAACCCAUUUUUUAAAUAGACAGGCAGAAUUCCUUACAAGAGUUGUGUUUUUAAAACUAGUUGGGGGGUUGCUUUUUGCCGUAACUGUUACAAUUAUUAAAAGCACAGGAGUCUUGUAUUACUUUUGGGGUCUCUGAGCUCAUGUUGUAUAAAUGUUAGCAGGUUGCAGGACCUGCAGUUGCUCUGUUGUGUAUGGUAAUUUUGACCCAAUACUUUAAAUUGUGUAUUCAGAUACGUUAUAAUGCACAAAACAUUAAUUAUGUCCAAGGCCUUCAGCACUUCACACACGGUGCCGUGCAGUGCUUUUUUUCUAAAAAAUGUUUAGGGGUACAGUGGUACCUUGGUCCUCAAACGCCUUGGUACUCAAACAACUUAGAACCCAAACACUGCAAACCCAGAAGUAAGUGCUCCAGUUUGCGAACAUUUUUCAGAAGCCAAACGUGCUCCGUUUUGAGUGUUACGCUUCUGAUUUGAGUGCCACACUUCUGUUUUGAGUGUUACACUGAGUGCUGUCUGUUUUUGCUAUUUUGCAUUUUUGUGGCUCUUUUUCUUUCUUUUUUUGUGACUGUGUGGAACCCAGUUCAGCUACUGACUGACUGACUGACUGAUUGAUUGAUUGAUUGACUGUGUGACUGAAGUACAGUGGUACCUUGGGUUAAGUACUUAAUUCAUUCCAGAGGUCCGUUCUUAACCUGAAACUGUUCUUAACCUGAAGCACCACUUUAGCUAAUGGGGCCUCCCACUGCUGCCGCGCCACCGGAGCACGAUUUCUGUUCUCAUCCUGAAGCAAAGUUCUUAACCUGAAGCACUAUUUCUGGGUUAGCGGAGUCUGUAACCUGAAGCGUAUGUAACCUGAAGCGUAUGUAACCCGAGGUACCACUGUACAUUGUUUACUGCUUUCAUUUUAUGAAUCAGUGGUCUCGUUAGAUAGUAAAAUUCAUGUUAAAUUGCUGUUUCAGGGUUUGUUUUUAAAAGUCUGGAACGGAUUAAUCUGUUUUGCAUUACUUUCUAUGGGAAAGCGUGCCUUGGUUUUGGAACGCUUUGGUUUUGGAACAAACUUCCGGAACGGAUUAAGUCUGCAAACCAAGGUACCACUGUACUCUCAUUUUCCCACUCAUAUUGAAAUACUGCCCCUCAAUGAGGCCAAACUUAGAUUCACAAAAUGUGUACCCCUGUGCCCCCCCCCAAAAAAGCACUGGUGCUGUGACUGCAGAAUGCAUGCAGAACAAAAUAAGAACAGGGAAAACAAGAGAAAACCUUUCUAUGCUGUCCUGAUCUGUUUUCUUUGCUUCCCCAAGGUCUCGUUCAGUCUCUGAAGACUUAAACCAUGGCGAAAGACAAGAAAAAGAAGGAGAAGAAGGAGAAGAAGGGGAAGAGGAAACAGCCCUUAGGACACAUGUCCAAAGAGCCUCGAGUUUAUUUUCCAGAAGCUCUGCUAGAGUAUCAGUAGGUAUUGUCGUUGCUUGUUGGCACCAACUGUCUUGAGAAGCAAAGGAGUAUGCCCCUUGGGCUGAAGUCGAACCACUAUUGUUAACAGCACCAAAGUGACCUCCCUGGGGCGCAAGCAGUGCCGGAUUUACGUAUAAGCUAAACAAGCUAUAGCUUAGGGCCCCACUCUCUUGGGGCCCCAAAAAAUUUAAAGGAAAAAAAAACCAGGACGUACAUUUUCAAAAUAUAAGAUAUAAAAUAAAACCUACAUACAGUGUCAGAUGGCAGUGGUGGUUGCUCGUGAGUAACCAGUCAGGACUCAGACCUGUCUUUUACAGAUUUUAUUUGGGUGCAAAACUAUUUACAGUGCAGAGCCACAAGUUCAUGUCUGCCUCAGUCACUAGCAGAAUCCAGGAGUGGUUGUUUCCAGGUCCUCCCCCAACAUAAGAGCUUCGUCGCCCCCAGCCUUUUCCUUUCUUCUUUGCGUUUUACACCUCUGCGCAGGGUGGGCGACGGAAGAGGCUUGGCCAGGAGUGGUGCUGAGGCUCCUAGCAGCAUCCUCUGGUCCUUUCCCUUCUUCCCCACUGGAGGUGUGGCUUUCCUCACCACAGGAAGAGGAACUGCUUCGCAAGAUUUUCAGAGGUUCCCUGUAACCCAACUGCUCCUCUGUUUCCCCACCCUGUUCCGAUGGCAGUACCCUGACAUCAAGCAACAGUGUUUUUUGUUGUGUAGGCUCCUAUGAUGUAAGCAAUGGGCCCCGCCUGCUAGCCUGCUCCCUAAAAUAUCACUGGUUUGCUCAUUUCUAUAUAUAGGGUGCCUACAUUCUGCAUGGACUGGUGCAUGGCAACAUGUGCAAAUGGCUUUAGAUACCUAUGACGUCCAUAAAUUACCAUAUAGCAUAUAUUCAACACAAAAAACAGUGACAAUUUGUUGUUGACAAAGGACAGCUGGACAUCUAAAGGGCCCCAUUACCUUCAGUAGCUUAGGGCCUCACCAAACCUAAAUCCGGCCCUGGGCACAAGCCUGGGCGGUGUGUAUGGAGAUUGUGGGCUGGCCAGAUGACAAGCCCUCUCUUGAUGUGGUCCAAAGGAAAGCAGAGCAAGACGUUUGGCACCAGCCGGGCUGCAGGAGUUGCUGGAAGAAGGCAUGCAAGGUGCCAUCCAACUGUCUUAGGGAUUCCACUCUGGAUUUGUGUAGGGUUUCCUCCUUAGCAGGGUGGGUUUGAUUUAAAUAAAAUCGAUUUAAAUCACGAUUUAAAUCACUAGUCGGUAACACUUGAUUUAAAUCAAUUUAUUUUUUUUAAUAGAAAGACUCAUUCUUGCUGGUCUAAUCUUAAUAUUUACAUCCAGAUGAAGGUUUCAUUUCUGGAAUAAUAAAUUUUCAGAGUAGUUUUUACAGUUAUAUUGAAAAUUGCUGAUUUGUUUGUUUUACUAUUAUACUGUCUAUGUGACAGAUAAUUAUGAAAUUAUGGUGAGGUUUAAUAAGUUAACUGUUGAUAUUUGGACAACUUUUCUGCUGUACUUUACUGGAAGGAGAAAAACAACCAUUUCCUUAAGAAUUUAUUUAACUAAAAUAAUAACAUUAUAGCAUGUGUAUCCAUGUUUGUUAACUGAUGUGGUUAAACAAUUUUUAAAAACCCUUUGAGUUUUAGCCCACAUGAAAAACUUAAAACAAAUCCUUCUUUCCUGAUGAAUAGCCUUUGGACCAUAAUGUAACUUAAAUAGAAAACUACCUUUAGAAAGAUUUCCUCCCUGAAAGCAUUUUAUUUUAAAAAUCCAAUUUAAAUAAAAAAAAACCCAAUUUAAAUAAAAAAAUUAUAUAUUAUAUAUUACACACACACACACACACACACGUAGGCAUCUCUUUGACCCUCAUCUCGACCCUUCUAGAGUAGUAGAAGCUGUUUACCUACUUACGCUAUUUAUUCAUAACCUGUCCUUUGAGAGGUUCAAGGCUGGCUUGCACGUCACUAAAAUCACAAGAAAACAAAUUAAAAGAAAAACAUGAAAACAAAGACACUGGAGUAGAACCCUGAGAUGGAAGAGCAGCAUAAAAGGUGCUAGAAGCUUGAGCACACCAGUUGUUGUUGUUGUUGUUGUUGUUGUUGUCGUCUCUUACACUCACUCACCUUCUUUUGCUCCUAUUGACACUCUUACCCAUGGGUAGGGAAACUAAGGCCCGGGGGCCGGAUCCGGCCCAAUCGCCUUCUAAAUCUGGCCCGCAGGCGGUCCGGGAAUCAGCGUGUUUUUACAUGAGUAGAAUGUGUCCUUUUAUUUAAAAUGCAUCUCUGGGUUAUUUGUGGGACAUAGAAAUUCGUUUAUUAUUUAUUUUUUCAAAAUAUAGUCCGGUCCCCCACAAGAUCUGAGGGACAGUGGACCGGUCCCCUGCUGAAAAAGGUUGCUGACCCCUGCUCCACAGCAUGUACAGAAACCACUUUCUUGACCGUUGAACCAACCCACUAUUAGUCUCCUCCCUGCAUGCGAUCAGUAUGUAUAGUAAAUUAAGAACCUCACUUUGGGAACACCUGGGGGGCUACUGGCUCUUCUGCCUUAUUGUACAUUUGUGGGUAGUAGGACUUUCCCUCCCACCCCAUCAUAAGAAGAGUCUGCUGGAUCAAUCAUUGGCCUAUCUAGUCCAACAUCCUUUUCUCCCUGGGGCCAACCAGAUGUCUGUGCUCCUGCGAUUCUCAGCAACUGAUAUUCAGAGGAAUGCUCAGGGGCAGACUUUGGUCUUUCACGUUUCAGCAGUGCCCUGUGCGAGGCCAGAAUUCUGUGUGUCAUCUCCCCAACCAGCCCCUUGCCUUCCAUUCUGCUCAAUUCGCUAUGUCCUAGUUGUGACACCCUAGGCUUGGCGCCCGGUGCCCUGCCUAUCGCCGCACUGCCCUAAAUCUGCCUCUGGCACGAUGCCUCUCACACCGGAAGUAGAACACAGCUGCCACAGUAAAUUUGGCAUGGGGAAUCUGAAUUAAUAAUAAUAAUAAUAAUAAUAAUAUAUUUAUACCCCACCCAUCUGGCUGGUUUUCCCCAGCCACUCUGGGCGGCUCCCAACAGAAUAUUAAAAACACAAUAAAACAUCAAACAUUAAAAGCUUCCCUAAACAAGGCUGCCUUCAGAUGUCUUCUAAAAGUCAGAUAGUUGUUUAUUUCCUUGACAACUGGUGGGAGGGCAUUCCACAGGGCAGGCGCCACCACCGAGAAGGCCCUCCGCCUGGGUCCCUUACUUCUCGCAGGGAGGGAACCUCCAGAAGGCCCUCGGAGCUGGACCUCAGUGUGAAAGGUAUAAUGUCAUCACAUUUCAGGAACAAAAACCUAUGAUGAAUGUAAGUGCAAGAGCAGUCUGGCUUCCUGCGGUGUCUAGAAACUUACAUAUUCCAUGCUUUUGGAUACAUGAAUUUGUGCCUUAACACUUCUUUUAAACUGAAGGGUAUUUAAAAAGAAAAGAAAAUAUAGUGCACAAAUAUUUGAAUGUUUAAUUUAUUUGUAUCCUGCUUUUCCUCGAAGAGGUUCAGGUAGAGUAUUUUCUUGGUAGCACCGUCACUUAUCCUCUGCAUUUUAAUUUUCUUCAGAAUUCAAAUAAAGGAAGAGAUCAUCGAUGAGCUUCUGUUUGAAAUAAAAAACUUGGAAGCACAAAAUGACCGAAACAAAGAAAGGGUAUGUAAACAUAUGCUUCUGUUUUGAUUUGGGGGAGUGAGCACAGCUCAGCUUUGCAUGCAAGCGGAAGAUUCUAGGUUCAACUCCAGUUGGUUUAUUCACAUGCGUAGAGAAUUUUAUUUGUAUGCUGCCUCUCCACAAUUCAAACCAUGCCCAAGAUGGCUUACAACAUGAAAAAAAUACACAACUGCAGCAAAAGUAGUAAUAAAAUUUCAAAAGAUUUAAAAAACACAUAACUGAACUGAACAACUUCCGCAUGAGGAGAUUUCACCCCUCCCAUAUCCAAGAAUCCGCUGAUGUUCUCUGCUGAUUCUCCAGAGAGGAGGGGCGGUUUUCUGCUCUCUACUUAUUCCACUCCAGCCUCACAUCAAAGAGAGAGAGAGAGACUGAGUGUUAGAGAGAGAUCGUGUGUUGCUGCUAAGAGCAGCUGCAGACACUCAGUGCAGUUCAGCAAUUUUCAUUUAGACCUCAUUUAGCUCUGUAUAUAGUUGUGUAUUAUAGUUGUAGAUAGAAUAAAAGAAGAUAUUUUACAGAGCUGCUCUCCGAGUCGUUUAUGCUCUGCUAUACUCUGCUGUACUCUGCUGUGCGAUGACUUUCUUCUUGUUGGAGUGAAUCCGGUGCUCACAACUCUAAGCUGUGAGUCCACAGCACUUUGACCUGUUCCUGUGCAGAAGGUGGUCUCUGGAAGUGCUACCCAGCUCGCCUAGCCCAGUCGGGGCUGAAGUGUAUGAGUCCAGUUGGUGGCACUGGCUCAAGGGCGAUGCUGACACCGCAUACAACAAGGUCUAAAAUAAAGAUUCAAAAAACCAACAUCAGCAACUCCCCCAAACAACACCCCAGCCAGAGUGUCUGCUCAGCAGCCUCCGCAUUUGUAGCUGGAGUCAGUCCAGGCCAGUUGGAAGAAGGCCUGCAAAGCAGGGAGCUGGUCUUCCAGGAAUCAUAGGCAAAACAGCAUCUGCAGUUCAAAGGAUCAGGUAGAUUAGGAGAUGGGAAACAGUGCUAUUCCAGGAUUAGGAGGAAGAGGGGCUCUGCCCAUACGGUUUGGGGGGCUUCUUCUCCUCGCUGUUGCCUGUUCACUUGCUUUCUCUCUUUGGAAGAUAUGAAGCUGCCUUAUACCAAAUCACAUCAUUGGUCCAUCUAGCUCAGGCACCCCCAAACUCAGCCCUCCAGAUGUUUUGGGACUACAAUUCCCAUUAUCCCUGAUCACUGGUCCUGUUAGCUAGGGAUGAUGGGAGUUGUAGUCCAAAAACAUCUGGAGGGCUGAGUUUGGGGGUGCCUGAUCUAGCUCAAUACUGUCUAAAGGGAAGGGGGCUGGAGAGGUCUAAGUAGGUGCUGUAUAUUAUUAUUAUUAUGUAGCUCAGGUGUGGGGAAACUUUGGUCCCCCUGAUGUUGCAGAACUACAAUUCCCAUCAUCGCUGGCCAUUAGCCAUGCUUGCUGUGGCUGAUGGGAGACGCAGUUCAGCAACAUAUGGAGAGAAAUAGGUUCCCUAUGCCUGGUGUAGUUACUAGCAAGCUUGGAAGCUACUUGUGAACCAAAAUAGGGGAUAAAAAUUCCUACUCUAAUUUAUUUGGUAAUGAUGUUAGACAGGCGAUGGACUCAGGAAAAUGCAUGUAUAUAAGUAGAUCUGUCGUAUGCAAUAGAAUGAUAGAGAUCCGUCGAUAUAUUUCCACUGGAUUAUUCUGACAAUUGUCACCAUUGCAGGGGGCGGGCGGGGGGGAGGGGUAUGUUGGUUUAUUGUGAAUUGCUUUUUUGGAUAUUCGAUUUUGCAAUUUUUUGCUUCCGUUUGCAAUUUAUACCCCACCUUCCCAUAAUGUAUUCCGAUAUACAGUGGUGCCUUGGUUUAAGAACAGUCCGGUUUAAGAACGCUUUGGUUUACAAACUCCGCAAAACCAGAAAUAGUGUCCCGGUUUGAGAACUUUACCUCAGUCUGAGAACAGAAGUCAAACGGUGGAAGGGCACCGGCGGCCGGAAGCCUCAUUAGGUAAAGCACGCCUCAGUUUAAAAAUGGUUUUGGUUUAAGAAUGGACUUCUGGAACGGAUUAAGUUCGUAAACUGAGGUAGCACUGUAUGUUGCUUUGCUUGCCAACUUGACCAUCCCAAAGAAAAGGCACGAUUAAAGUGAAAGAAGUAACAUUUUGUCAAAAAACUUUCCCCCUCAGAAUCAGCAGCUAAAGAACGAGCAGACUUCGCACAUCCGAGCACUCCUAGCUGCCCUGAAGGAGCAGGAAGAGGCGUUGGCGAAAGUUGAAGUUGUUACCAGAGACGAUGUAGAAAAAGCCAUGAAGGAAAAGUGGCAGUAUGUUAGGGAUCAGGAAAAACUUAUUAAAGGUGAGCUGGCGCUGAAAUCCCUCAGUUGCUAGCUCAAAUCCCAGGUGGAGUGGAGGACGCGAUCUGGGACCCAGAUCAGUUAAACAAGGACCUAUAGAUACAGUUUGGCCAAGAGUAGCCCGAGUGGUGCCUGGGCCCAGCACAAUUUGAGAUCUCUGGUGCCUUAUACAAUGUAGGCUAUAGUGAGUGUUUUCUCAAAAGAGCAUUCCACAGGGCCUUCUCUGUGGUGCCCCCCCAUCCCCAGCUGCCAGUCACCUAACCUCCAAAGUCUUCUAAUGCAGCUUUUAAGGUAUGGGCAGAUUCUUAUGCGAGUCCUGUUAAUUAGAAAGGAGGAGAACAUUUGGACUUCCUCAGGUUUGUAAUAUCUUCAGACAGCUCUGAUCUCUCUGUGUGCUUCUAAGCAAGCACUAUCUGAAAACCCCAAGGGGGGCAGAGAACAAUGCACCAUGGGGGGUGGAGAGAUAGGAUUUGAAUCCAAUUCUGCAACAGUCUUUGCCCAGCCAUGUCUAAGUGUCGUAUCUUUGGGGAGCAAACAUUGGCAAUGCUCGUAGAGCGGCAAAGCACCAAGUUAUGUCUAUUCCUUUCCUCCCUCCUCCCCUUUUAUCAAACGCCAUGCUGAGACUCCAUCGCUCCACACACAUCAAAUUGUUAGAACUUGGCAUGAAAGCAAGCAAGGAGCUCAAGAGCUGGUGCUGUCUGAUAAAUAUUAAUGAUCUGAAACGGGGAAUACAGGAAAAUGAAAAAAAAAAUAUCCCAGGUGGAGAUGAUCAUUUCUCAUUAGCAGUUUGGGAAAGCAAAGGCUAUCACUCCUAACACAGCCUUUUUUUCUUCCAACCAGACAUGCGGUGCCAGAUACAUUACCUCGAACAAAAACUCGUGCAAAAGCAAGCCGAAGUGGAUUACUGGCAGGCGUACAAAAACGUCGGGAGCGCCGAACACGCCAAGCAGAUCGAGUGCCUGGAACAGGACAUCCAGAAGCUGAAGGAAGACCUUGAGGAAAUGACUGGUGAGUUGCCCUGGGCUUGUACCAGAGACUGAAGACCAGAGAUGUCGGCCCAGACGCCAAGAACUAGAAAUAAUUAUCAUUUCCAGCGUGUGCUGGAAUCUCUUCUAAAACGUAUUCCCCCGUUUUCUGCUUUACCUUUCUCUUUUCUGAUGGCUGGGGUUGUGUUCUUGUUUUCACCCCUAAAGAGUUUUUUAGGAUUUCCCUGGAAGAGACGAAGGAAAGAACCGACAGAUACAUGCUGAAGCAAAUGGAGCUGAAGAAAGAAUGGGCGCUUGAGGUACUGAUACGGCUUUGCAGUUCUAGUCUUUUAAUCAUUAUGGGCAUGAUCUGAGCACUUUCUUUUUUCUUUCUUUUUAAAAAAUAUUUUUAUUAAGCAAUUUCAACAUAACAAAUUAUCAAACCAUAUAAUCACAUACAUUAUUUCCCCCCUUUUUCCUGUUGUUGUUGUUGUUGUUGUUUAGUCAUGUCCGACUCUUCGUGACCCCUGGACCAGAGCACACCAGGCACUCUUGUCUUCCACUGCCUCCCGCAGUUUGGUCAAACUCAUGCUGGUAGCCUCAAGAACACUGUCCAACCAUUUCGUCCUCCGUCGUCCCCUUCUCCUUGUGCCUCCAUCUUUCCCAACAUCAGGGUCUUUUCCAGGGAGUCUUCUCUUCUCAUGAGGUGGCCAAAGCAUUGGAGCCUCAGCUUCAGGAUCUGUCCUUCCAGUGAGCACUCAGGGCUGAUUUCCUUCAGAAUGGAUAGGUUUGAUCUUCUUGCAGUCCACGGGACUCUCAAGAGUCUCCUCCAGCACCAUAAUUCAAAAGCAUCAAUUCUUUGGUGGUCAGCCUUCUUUAUGGUCCAGCUCUCACCUUUUUUCCUACCCCCCCUUAAUCCCUCCCUCCCUCCAAGGACUUCCCUCAGCUCCUCUCUCUGAUUUCUCUACACAUAUUAGUCUCUGCAUGUUAUAAAGUUAUACAUAUCCUCAUCUUAUCUAUCUAUCAUGUUACCAACCAAUAAAUUUGUGUAUGUUUAUUCAAAACCUGCCAGGGAGUCCAAUUCAUUUUGCUGACUUUUCAGAUAAUUUGUAAAAGGCUCCCAUUCUUCCUUAAAGUCACAGUUGUCCUUGUCCCGCAGUUUAGCCAACUCUGCAUAACUCAUCAGUUUUUCUUGCCACUGUUCUUUUGUUGGGAUUUCUUCAUUCUUCCAUCCUUGUGCUAUCAAGAUUCCUGCUGUUGUAGCAGUUGCUUUUCUUGGCAGGUCUUGUCCUACAAUCCCUAACAAAAAUGCUUCUGGUUUUUUUACAAAUGUCAUUUUAAACAUUUUUUUUCAAUUCAUUGUAUAUCAUUUCCCAAUUUUUUAAACUUCUCUACAUUCCCACCACAUAUGGUAAAAACUCCCUUCUUUUUCUUUACAUUUCCAACAUACGUUUGACCCGGUUUUAUACAUUAUUGCUAUCUGUACUGGUGUAAUAUACAAUCUAUACAUCAUUUUUAUACAAUUUUCUUUCAAAAGAGAACAAUCUGUAAAUUUCAAAUUUACCUUCCACAUGAUCUGAGCACUUUCAAGUUCAUUUGACUUCUGCAGGAGGGAUUUACAGCGCAAUCCUGUUCUUGCUUAUAAUAAUAAUAAUUUUAUUAUUUAUACCCCACCCAUUGAGUCUCGCUGUAUGCUGUGGGGCUUAUUCCCAGGUAUGGGGGAACAGGACUGCAGCACUAAUCACGUACUUAACUUCCAAUUUAAGUCAAUGAGGUCCAAGAGUGUUUAGUUCUGGCUGGGUUUUAUACUCAUAAAGUAGGGUUGCCAUAUUUUAAAGAGCAAAAAAGAGGACGCUAUGACGGCUGCCCCUGCUAUAUGUAGGCUAUAGAAACUGUGAUAUAUUGCUAUGGGGGGUCGGGAGAAGAGAAGAGGAAAGCAAGUCUUCAACCACCAGUUAUGUCUCCUCCAGAAAUUAUAGCCAGAAACAUUGUGGCAAAUUUUUAAAAAUACACCCGGACAGAAAUUUUACCCCUGAAAAAGAGGACGUGUCCUGGAAAAAGAGGACAUAUGGCAACCUCACAAGCUUAUUUGUGACAUUCCUUAGAAAGUAAAACAGAAAUGCCUCUCUCAUUUAUUCCUUUUAAAUGAACUUGCUUCUGUAUCCUGCCUUCCAGCUGCUCCACAACUUAUUAAAAACACACACAUUACAACAGCAGCGAUUGAAAUAAGAGUUAAAAUGUGAGCAAGAAAGGUAACCCAGGUUAGAUUGGGAGUGAAAGAAGAAGACGUAUACUGUGCCUUCAAAACCUGUACUGUACUUGGCAAAAUAAAAGCUUUUUCCUGCUUUCUGAAGGUAAAUAGAGGCCUUCACAUUCUUGUCUUCUCCUCAGAUUAGUCUGCAUGCUCUCUAGAGGCCUUUCUCAGCCUCUUGUUAAGAUGCGAUUGGUUGGCCAUUGGGGCAGGGCCUCCUUUGUGGUGGCUUCCACCUUCUGGAAUCCAUCAACCACCAAGAUCCCCCUUAAGCCUUCCUGUCAAAUAAAAGCCUGUUGUAUCUUGGGACUGAACCUUCUCUUAUCUCUUUCCUCAACGCUACGAGAAUCUGUUACCAAACUGAGAGUUAGCUCAUUCGUUUGGUGUUCCACAGGCAGCGUAAAAUUGUUUUUAUUAGCCUGGCAUUCAGAAUAGCGCAGAUCGCAUCCAUAUUUUAUUCUGGGAUGCGUGUGUCUUUAUGAUUUAUUACUAUUAACGUUUUACGUGACACGUCACUUCAAUAAGCAGCUGCGAAGCUCUUUUGAAAAAUGGGAAAGCGAAAAAGAAAUGUAAAAUUAUAUAGAGAGAAGGAAGUUUUGUGUUUUUAUUGUUCAAAGUUUUGGAUGUUCCUCUGUGGGUAUCCUGUCUAGACUAUCACUUCCUUCAAUGCAAAGGUUCCAGCUUCAGCUGCGAUUUCAUGCUUUCUUUCCUCAGAAUGCUGUCAAGCAUAUUGACAAGACCAGCUGCCGGGAGAUUAAAGAAUACGAGUGGUUAAAGGAGGAGGUAAGCAUAUCUGGAAGUGUAAUCUGGAUUUCCAAGGAGAGGCACUGCCAAUCAGUGUAGACAGUAUUGAACUAGAUGGACCAAUUGUCUCCCACUGCUUCCUAGACAGGGAAUGGUGGUGGAUGGUCAGAGGUGGAACAUACAGUUUAACUCCCCGACAUCCACAAUUCAAAGGAUAUUGGGUGGAUAAUAAUAAUAAUAAUAAUAAUAAUAAUAAUAAUAAUAUAAAAAUAAAUUAAAUUUGUAUACCGACAUUCAUCCAUAGACCUCAGGGCAGUUCACAGCAUAGAAUUAUAAUAUUAAACCACAAAAUACAUAGUGAAAAAAGAGAGUAACCAAAAAACCAUAAUGCCCACACGUCACAUUUAAAAUGGCAUCGGAUGUCAGUCAGCCAAAGGCCGGGUUGAAAAGGAACAUUUUUGCCUAGUGCCCAAAGGUCUACAAUGAAGGCGCCAGCCAAACUUCCCUGGGGAGAGAAUUCUACAAAUGGGGAGCCACUGCAGAAAAGGCCCUGUUCUUAUGUUGCCACCCUCUGGACCUCAUGUGAAGGAGGCACACGAAGAAGGGCCUCAGAUGAUGAAUGCAGAGCUGUUUUAGGGCUUUAUAGGUCAAAGCCAGCACUUUGAAUUGGACCCGGAAACUCAUUGGCAGCCAAUGCAGUCGGGCCAGGAUCGGUGUACAGUGGUACAUCGGGUUACAGACUCUGCUAUCCCAGAAAUAGUACCUCUGGUUAAGAACUUUGCUUCAAGGUGAGAACAGAAAUUGUGCUCCGGCGGCAGCGGGAGGCCCCAUUAGCUAAAGUGGUGCUUCAGGUUAAGAACAGUUUCAGGUUAAGAACGGGCCUCCAGAACGAAUUAAGUUCUUAACCCACGGUACCAUUGUAAUAUGCUCAAACUCUUUUGCCCCUGACCACCAAAUUCUGCACCAGCUGAAGCUUCUGAACCGUCUUCAGAGGCAGCCCCACAUAGAACGCAUUGCAGUAAUCCAACCUAGAGGUUACCAGAUCAUAGACAACAGAAGUUAGGCUGUCCCUGUCCAGGUAGGGACACAGCUGGGCCACCUGCAGAAACGAGCUGCUUCCAGUUUGAAUGCCUAGCAUAGGGCUGUCUCGGUGGGCCAACGGUCUGGUUUGGCAGAAGGCAAAGGACUUCAACUCAGGGUUUCAUAUCUCGUGGCAGGUGGCAGGGUACAAAAAGGAAGUGAGCGAUUUGGAAGCUUCGGUCCACGAACUGGAGAAGGAGAACAUCUACCUCAUCAACAAACUCUUUGAGCGUAGGAUGCAGUUCCUUAAAGUUCCCAGGUAAAGGUGUUCUCCUAGCAUUGCACAAACACUGAUGAAGCACAGGAGCUAAAGAGUUGACUUGACUCUUUGGCCCUUGAGCAAACUACAGUAUGCCAAACAGAAAUAAAUAAAUAAAUAAAUAAAUAAAUAAAUAACCUGAUGUUUUAUUAUUUACUAAAACACAUACAGUGGUACCUUGGUUCUCAGACUUAAUCCAUUCUGGAAGUCUGUUCGAAAACCAAAGCGUCCCAAAACCAAGACGCGCUUUCCCAUAGAAAGUAACGCAAAAUGGAGUAAUCUGUUCCAGACUUUUAAAAACAAACCCUAAAACAGCAAUUUAACAUGAAUUUUACUAUCUAAUGAGACCAUUGAUCCAUAAAAUGAAAGCAAUAAUCAAUGUACUGUAAAAUAAAUAAGACAGUAUUGUAGAUGAUAAAAAUUAAAAUUCAUCCUUUUUCUUACCUGCACUGAAGAUGGUCAUUGCUUGGAUGGGGGGCUUUUAUCCAUUUCCGCAGUCACACAAUCAAUCAAUCAAUCAAUCAGUAGCUGAGCUGGAUUCCACACACUCACAAAAACAAAUUAACUGAAAAAGCCUCAAAAACGCAAAAUAAAUAGCAAAAACAAAAGCGCCAAACUUAAUCCAUUCCAGGAGUCCAUUUGAUUUCUGAAAUGUUCGAAAACCAAGGAGCAGCUUCUGAUUGGUGCAGGUGCCCCGGAAACAAUAGCCGACAGCCGCAUUGGACGACCGGCUUCUGAAAAACGUUCGAAAACUGGAACACUCAGUCCAGGUUUUCGGCAUUUGAGAACCAAGGUGUUUGAGAACCAAGGUACCACUUACCAAUGUAAGCUGCCAGUGCUUAUCUGACAGGCACCAUCUCUAUUGUCUUUUCGGCACCUGUUGGAGACAUUCAAGCCGAUUUGUUUUUCAAUUGGCGUUAUUAUUGCUCUUUUGCUGCAAAAUCGCAUCGAGACAUUUAAUAGGAAGCAAUUGACAAAUCGAAUAAAUAAACAAAUGUGCAAGCAAACAGCUAAAUAUAAAGCUGUAAACCACUUGAUAAUUACGAAGGAAAAUAUCCUUCAGAGGAGCAGCAUUGGCAUGGAAAGGACAGAAUUAACAAGCUGCAGCAUUAAUUAAUUUCGCAUUAAUUUUGAAUAAACGAGUCGUCUCCCCUAAUCAGUAAUUUGGACGAGUAGCUAUCAUUGCCACGCUGACUGGAGUCUCUGCAAAUUGCUCUUGGCAAUGGAAUAAAAGCCCUGCCCGCUUUCAUUGCUGGCUAACCAUCCCAAUUGUGAAACAAAAGGCAUUUUAAAUGGUAACUCAAUGAAGGCAAGGGGGCAGGAUUCCCACUCACCCACCCAAUCCUGCGUAGUUGGGCUGUGCAAGUCACUUCCUUAUGGGGAACUGGCAUGCUCAGCCAACGCAACAUGAUUUAAAUGGUGCAUGGGCCACACUGAGCAGGCCUUUUAACCUUCCCACUCAUCAGCUGAUCAAUCAGGAAGAGUUUUGUAGUGAAGCUCAUCCUAAAACGCAGGAGAAAACACUUCAUUUGUGCAAGCCCCUUAACAAUCGCAAAGGGUUUUGCACUGAACCUCGCUGCUAAAACUCAGGUUUCCCCCCCUUCUGCUUCAGCAAGGUGCUUUGAAGUCCCGACUUAGGGACUUCAAAGUGGCCAAAUCGUGUGGUGUCAUCGUGACAUCAGGUGGGUGACUCCACCCACCUGCCAAAUUUGGUCCACAUUGCCAAUCCUGAUGAAGAUUUGAGCCGGGGAGCCAAAAAGGCACCCAAUCCUUGCCUUCAAAGGUGAAAGGCUGUUGUUCAGUAGCAGAACAUAUGCUUUCGUGCAAAAGGUCCCAUGUUCAACCCUGGGUGUGGCCUUAUUGUAGUUUUGUACACUGCCUUCGUGUAUUUCUAUGAAAGCUCGGUUUAUAAGUAUUUAAAGAAAAAUAUGAAUGUUAACAAGAGCUCAGGGCAUGCAAGAGAAUAAUUCCAGUGGCAACAACGUGAGUAUGCACUUUAAAGAUGUGCUACCAUUCUAUGUUACAAGGGAAGACAGAAUUUCAAACCUUUUGAUGUUGCUUCUUCUCCUUUUAAUUUUCCAGAAAGUUAUUUCUUACCCAGGGAGCUGGCCUGCAGAUGCUUGGAGACCAGGAAUAUCUUGGCCUUUCUGGUAAUCCCCUUUCUAUUGAGUUGAUUGUAAUAGUGAUGCAGACGUUACAGCCUUGCCUCCCUAAGAAAUGGCCCUCACAGCCCCCGUGAUAGUUUAUCGGUGAGAAAUAUCCCACUGUAGACAUCCUGGAAGCUGGUGUAACUGGAAAGCUGGAAAGUUGGGACUUAAGAACCAACUCUGCCAUGCUCUGCCUCACUUGUGAAGGGAACUCAAGCAUUACUGUAUGGUUAAGUGCUUUUGCCCCAAGCAAGGGUCAAACAAGUGUGGAAUAAAACUUCAUAGUGUGCAAAUCCCUACCUGGAUGAGGAAAACAAACACACAAAAACACACAAACACAAAGUUAUGUCCUCUGUGUGUGUAUUCCCUUUCUUCAUUCCACUUGCUGUAGGACUGAAGCUGUCCUAAAAAUGCAAUAAUCUUGCCAGCAAGCUUCUCAUGGGUGGGAGUGAAAUGGGUGUUAUGUUCAGUUUUCACCCCCAUCCCUGAUAAAACAGCUGAUCGCUGCACAGUUAGGCCAAGCGCAGUAGACUGGGCCAGGCAGGCUGUACUAUUUUCAUUUGGCUGUCAGAAAGAACACAGGUAAAUACAUCAGCUCAGUAGGUUAGAGCAUGUUGCUGAUAAUGCCAAGGUUCAGUCCCUGUGUGGGAUAGAUCCUGUACUACAGGGGGUUGGCCUAUAUGUUCCUCGGGGUCCCUUCCAACGCUACAGUCCUAUUAUUCCAUCCUAAUGAAUACCAGGCCAUGAACAGCGUUGCUAGUUGUGGAUUGGCAAUAUCUGGUUUUUUUAAAAAAUGCCUCAUCAGUCCGGAUGGAGGACAUAGGGGGAGAAAUUAGACUACUGUACAAAGGUGUCCAGCUUUGUAUCCGGCCCUGCCAGCCCUGGCAUAUGGCCCUCAGAAGUUUCCCCAGGAAACAAUGUGGCCCUUGGACUGAAAGAGCUUCCCCACCCACCAUUGCAUAGCAGAAUAAAUUUCAAAGCCCAGCAAGCAGUAAUAGAUAGAAUUGCCUCCCCUCCGCCACCACCAUUGUUGCAGCAAAGUUUUAUUAACAGGAGUAUUGUAGAAAGUGUUUUCCCUCCCCUCGCCUCUGCAGAAGUGGAAGCUGAAAGCACAUCAUUAAUAUCGGAAAUGGUUCUCAACGUGGAUCACAAAGACAGACAGGAGGCAGCAGAAAAUCUGCUAGAUGACAGUUUUGAAGUGAUUCAAAUGCAAACAGAUUCUCUUGGUCAAAUUCUCCCCCCUAUCCUGUACGAAGACUCAAAUGAUUUCAAGGCAAGUAUCUACUUUCCUCUUCUCUGCGUUAGGAUUUUAGGUAGAAAGGGUUAGGUAAUAAUGUGCCCAAAAGGUUUGUGCUGACCUGGGCAAUUAAAACUGGGUUUGUUUGUUUUUAUACACACACACACACACACACACACACACACACACAGUCCGUUUGAGCCUGAUCAUGCCCUCAGCAACAUAGCUCCUAAAAACGGUCAGGAGUUGACCAGGAUAUUAUUUCCUCCCCUUGUGCAUGAUCAACAAAGUCUACCCGGAACGCAGAGAUCUCACCCUGCACUCUCACUUAAGACAUUUUGCAGGGUUGAGGCAGCCACUCUUGAAAUUUUGGCACCCCAGGAAAUUGACUAGAUGGCCCUUUGUGCCUGGGUGCUCGUUAGCUGCUGCUCAUGCAGCAGCAACCUAGAUUUCCCAGCAUUUAAUUAUCGUAUCUAUAACUUUGCCUUGCCUCCAAGAAGCCCAAGACAGCAUAUAUAGCUCUUCCCAUCAUUUUAUUCACAAGCCACCCUGAGGGGUUGGGUCAAGUGGCCCAAGCUUACCCAAGUGAGCAAGGAUUUGAACAGGAGCUGUUUAGUACUCCUCCAGCAGCAGCCACUACCAGCGUGGCGAUUGUGGAUUGUUGUUAUUUCUAUCAGAGAUUUGCUUAUUCGGUUAUGCCAUGGUCAUUUUAAGAUGCAAGAGAGGGCGGAAUGUUUUCUACUGGGUAACAUGCUAAUCUGUGUCCAUCUGAACUCCAGGAGUACAAGGAUCUGGGGCCCCUGGCAGUGAAAUUGAUGACUACGGUGGGCCAGACUAUGCCAGUUCACGAGGAUGCCAGGGAAAUGCCAAGCAGAACAAAGCUUGAAGAAAAAUAUGACGCCAGCCGGCCUCAGCAGCGCAUCACCUACCAGAUGAUCAAAUCCGUAUUUCAUUGAGAGCGAGGAAGGUAGAGGCUACUGCUUUUCUUUUCAAAAAUAGGCUUCCGGUUGUUGGAACUCCCCCACCCUUCGUAUGACACUUAAAUGUUGACUUGCAUAGCAAAGAUGUUAAUAUUGGGUACAUUUACAAGGGUAUGUAGAUUGCGUAUAUUGUAUUCCCAUUCCUCCUAUGCACCAAAUACAGGAUCUGAAUUACUAUUGCAA